AUGAGUAGCAGUACACAAUCUUUGGAAAGUCGAAAUGCUAUGUUCAUGUGGUUUCAAUUGUUCAUUGAAGUUCUUCUCCGUAUGCAUCACACAUCAAAUGCACGACAAGAACUCAUUGAUAUUUGCAAAAAAAAUUAUCGAGAAAAUUCUUUAGAACUUUCUAUUAUUAAUGAAUUUGAAUCAACCUACAAAUCAGAAAAUGCCAUCUGGUGGUAUACACGUGAAUGUUGUUUCUAUCGUAUUUUGAAUAAAGCAUUACGUAUUCAAGAUUUCGAUAUGCUUUUUCUACUUCGAUUUUUUAUUACUGAUCUAUCGAAACAAUUGAAUAAGGAAUAUGAUCGUUGCCUACGUGAAAUGCCAACACGUGAUAUUAUUCGAGUUUAUCGUGGACAAGCAAUUCAUGUCAACGAAUUGAAAUUAAUAAAAGCGAGUAUAGGUGAAUUUAUUUCGAUGAAUUCAUUCCUUUCAACUAGUCUUCGCCGUUCAACUGCUCUUAGUUUUGUUAACACGAUUGAAAUACAUGACGAAAUUGACCGAGUCUUAUUCGAAAUCAAUAUUGAUCCACGUGCUAAAACAAAAGCUUUUAGUAAUAUUGAUCAACUGAGUUAUUUUAAAUGUGAAGAUGAAGUUCUUAUCAUGCUUGGUGCCCUGUUUCGAAUAGAAUCAGUCAAUAGAGACAACGAGAAGCAAUUUUGGAUUGUACAUGUGACGUUGGCCAACGAAGAUGAUUAUCAUUUGAAAGAGACGUUUGUUCAUAUGAAAGAAAAAAUUGGCGAUGAAACAAAUUUGCAUUCUAUUGGGAAAAUUUUAACUGAAAUGGGUGAAUAUGAACAAGCACGAAAAUGUUACAAACGUAUGAUUUUCGAAGCUCAAAUAGAUGAAAGCAUUGGAUAUAGUGGUCUUGGAUGGGCCGAUCAUUGGUUAAAUGAAUAUGAUGAAGCUUUGAAUAAUACUCAAAGAGCUCUAUCGUUGAUUGAUGAACUUCUUCCCGAUAUUUGUAACGAAAAAGGUAAAUUGUAUAGCUCUAUGGGUUUGAUUUAUUGGAGAAAAAAGCAAUACGAUCAAGCAUUGAAAAAUUUGAAGAAAGCUCUAUACAUACAAGAAAAGAUUUUACCAUCAGAUCAUCCAGAUCUCCUAGCGACUUACAAUCGUUCCGCUAUUACAUAUAGUGCGAUGAAUGAAGUGCAAAUGGCUUUCGAAUAUUACGAUAAGUGUUUGAACAUUCGACUGGCUACAUUACCUCAUGAUCAUCCUGAUAUUGCUACAUCAUACAAUAAUCUUGGAUGGUUAUACAACGAACGUAUAGGUGAUUAUGCCAAGGCAUUAGAUUACUUUCAAAGAUCUCUCGCCAUCUGUCGAAAAAGAUUGCCACCGACACAUCGAGAUAUUGUUCGGACUGAACAGAAUAUUCUUAAAGUGAUGGAAAAAAUAAAACAGAAAUCAAAGAUAAAGACAUAG